AUGAUAUCGUCUAGCACCCCUGCCAUCGAGGGCAGGGCGCCAUCUCAACCCCCACCGCAACCCGAUUCCAGACUGAGGAACUCCCAUUCGCUUGAUAUCAGCAACUCGAAUACUUCAAAACCAAAUAGUGUAGGCAGCCGAAGCACGAAGCAACCAGGAAUCGAUACCCGCAUUGAAGACGAAGUUGAAAAUGUCAACUUGCGCCAGGAUGACUUCCCUGACUCCCAAGUCACCGGCUUCUCAGAUGCCCAGGAACGGCAUAUCCGCCGCAAGGUAGAUUUUCGCCUUUGCACCAUCGCAGGAAUCCUAUGCAGCCUCAACCUCCUCGACAGCAAUGUUCUCUCGAGCGCCGCUGUCACAUCGAUGCUAUCGGAUUUGGGACUUGACCAAGGCAAUCGCUUUUCCGUCUCCAUCUUCAUCUUCACCGUAGCGAGCAUUAUCUUCCAGCUUCCUUCGACCAUUGCCGUGCGCACUUUCGGUCCCCGUAUCUGGUUCAGCCUUGUAACAUUCUCGUUUGGCAUCAUCACCCUCUCGACCGGAUUCGUCAAGGACUGGAAGCAGAUGAUCGCCCUCCGCGUCCUUCUUGGCGCCACUACUUCGAGCAUCUACCCCGGCCUCUCCUACCUUAUCAGCUGUUGGUAUCCACGUCGCGAACAGCAAGUCCGUUUUGCUUUCAUGCAGAGCGGCGAGGUCAUCAUCCUUGCCACCGGAAGCCUGGUCAACUAUGGCCUCCAGCAGCGUAAUGGCGGCGCAGGCCUCGAGGGAUGGCGAUGGAUGUUCAUUGUGCAAGGCCUGUGCACAUGCGUGCUCGGCAUCGCGACGUACUGGUGGAUCGUUGACUUCCCGGAGAAUUCGCACAAGAGCUUCUGGUUCCUGACGCCGGAAGAAGCUGACAUUGCCUCGCGCCGCAUCGAAAAAGAUCGCGGAGAUCUCAUUGCCCAAAAGCUCAGCUUGAGGGCCGUUGUUGUUCAUGCCAAGGACUUCAAAAUCUGGGUGUUUGCCUGCCUCUUCUUCAUGCAGAACGUCGUCUCGACAGCUCUGGCGUACUUUGUCCCCAUUAUCUUGGAGAAUGGCCUAGGCUAUUCGCCCGACCAGGCAAUCAUUCUCUCGGCUCCGCCCUACUACUAUGCAGUCAUCCCGGUCAUCUUGUCGUCUUUGGUUGCUGAUCGGUUCCGGAUCAGGGGCCCGAUUAUCACCUUCAAUGCCCUUUGCAUGAUAACGGGCUUUGCUAUCCUUGGGUUUGCCGAGAAUUCCAGGGCUCGCUACUUUGGAGUGUUCCUCGCCACGGGAGCAUACGUAGCUAACUGGGCAGCUUUGACUGCCUACCAGGCCAACAAUGUGGUCGGACAAUGGAAGCGAGUGUUUACCGCUGCCGCGUGCACCAUGUUUAACGGUGCUGGCGGUAUUGCUGGCAGCUACAUCGUCCGCAAUGUCGAAGCUCCGAGAUAUACCACUGCUGUCUGGGUGUCGAUAGGGUCUCACAUCUUGAUGAUCUCACUCGUUGGUACUCUUACAAUAUACUUCUACUUCCGGAACAACCGGGCUGCGCGCACGAAUGGAGCCGUUGAAAGAACCGCCGGAUUCCGGUACACAUACUAG